AUGACGUCCCAGUACGUCACCGAACCACCCACAUCUGGGCUGGUCGAGCUCCUCACCUCCAAAGGUCCCAUCCACGUUGAGCUCUUCUCGCGCGAAACGCCCCUCGCCUGCCGCAACUUCCUCACCCUCGCGCUCGAAGGAUUCUACGACAACCUCAUCUUCCACCGUCUCAUACCCAACUUCAUCAUCCAAACCGGUGAUCCCUCCGGCACCGGCGAAGGAGGCGAAAGCAUCUAUGGCCAUCCCUUUGCCAUCGAACCGCACUCGCGCUUGAAAUUCAACCGCCGCGGGUUGCUCGGUAUGGCAGCAUCCGCGGAGGACAAGACCAACGAGUCGCAGUUUUUCCUCACGCUAGACGCCGCGCCCGAGCUUCAGGGCAAGCAUACAUUGAUGGGAAGAGUUGUGGGGAACACGAUCUACAACUUGAUCGAGCUGACGCAAGGUGUCGAGAUGAAGGACAAGGGCGGAGAUAGGCCGAGAUACCCGCCCAAGUUGAUUGAGGUCAAAGUCAUCGAGAAUCCGUUUGACGAUUUGAAGCCGAGGAUGACCAAGCAGCAGAGACGACAGGAGGAGCAGAACAGGCGCAAAGAGGCGGAAGCGAGACGGAAGGAAGAGGAGAAGGCGAAACGAGGCAAGGUGAAGAAGAACACAAGCCUCUUGUCAUUUGGUGCGGACGAAGAGACGGGGGCAGAAGAGGUGGUGCUCAAAGGUCCCAAGAGCUCACACGACUUGUUGAAGGAUGAUAGCCGGUUGUCCAAGCAGACGGUAGAGCCAACGUCAGAGAGCAGUAAGGCGAAACGAAGCCAUAAAGAGCCACUAUCCGCGUCAGCUGGCGAAGCCAUACCUUCUUCUCCCGCCCCGCUGCCGGCCACAGUAUCGUCUUCCUCCGAGAAUUCUGCAUCAAUAGAACCUCCCCGCGCCUCGCAUCGCAAACCCACCACCACCUCAUCAGCCUCAGCCAAAGACUACCUCACAGCCCAGCGCGCCAAAUACGCCUCCAACUCCGCUUCCUCCUCCUCAUCCACCAACAAAGCCGAUGCAUACGACGCGCUUCUCUCGUUCCAAUCGCGCCUCCGCUCCUCGGCCUCGUCCUCGUCCACACCCCUCCCCUCCCACUCCAUUUCUUCCCACCAUCCUUCCUUGGAGGAUCAAGACGAAGCCGAAGAAGAAGAAGAAGAACAGGCCAAAGAAUACGGCGCAUCCGACGACGACACUGACUGGCGCUCGCACCGCCUCGACGCUGGAGGCGCACCCCUGCUUGCCUCGGACCAGCGCGUGGACGACUACGAGGUGCUGGACCCGCGCGAUCACUCCGCCCCGCGCAAGGAGGGCGAGAGGUCCGGAAAAAGGGGCAGAGACUGGGUCGACGAUACACGUCGCUACAAGGACGAUCGUCGCCCUCGGUCGGACAAGCACUCUUCCUCGUCAUCCCGCCCUCAUCGCCAUCGAGACCAUCGAGACCAUCGCUGA